GUAGCUGCCGUGACAAAAUGGCGCUAAAAUGAUAAGUGGAGUUUAUGUCUUAUGAAUGGUAGUGUUUAAAAAGAGAAAUGGCAACACAGAAGCCUGUGGAAUGGGUUUCGUCUCUAAUUACUCGUUUUGAAGAGCAGCUGCCGUGUCGCACGGGACCUCAGACAACGCACUCCCGAAUCAACGAGGAGCAGAACAAGAAAUGCUUGAUACAGAUCAGCCGCUACAGGUUCUCCCUGGUCAUCUCGGGGCUCACCAAGAUACUUCAGAGGGUCAACGAGCUGUUCCUGUCGGUGAUGGCGGGACCCCGGCCCCACGGCCCCGACAUGGAGCGCAACUGCUACGAGUCGCUGCUCAUCGUGCUGGACACGCUGGAGCGCUGCCUCAGCAACCAGCCCAAGGACACCGCCAAGUUCGACGAGGCCAUGAACGUCAAGCUGCUGCUGCGGGAGAUCUGCCAGUUCAUUGAUGUUCCAAAUGAUAACCUGAAUGUUCUGCAGCUGAAAAACUUGGCUUCCAAAGUUCUUUUUGCCUUAAGUUUAAAUUUCUUCAAUGCAGUGUUCAACAGAAUAUCUGCCAGAUUACAAGAACUAAGUGCAUGUAAUGAGGAAAAUCCAGACUACAGUGACAUAGAGCUGAUACAACACAUUAAUGUUGAUGUUAUUCGCCUUACUAAGCUUCUAAGUGAAACCAUACAGAAGUUCCGCCUCCUUAAGAAGUCGGCCCACAUAGUUCUAAUGAUGUCGCUAGAGAAAGCAAUAUGGAACUGGAUGGACACUUAUCCAAAUGAAUUUGCAGACAUUCAGAAAAAACCCAAUGAAGAGUUGUCUAAGUGCUGUGAGGGUCUGUUUGACAUCCUGGAUACAUUUGCAGACAACAAGAAGGGCCGGGCUGCCGUGUGGCCAUUGCAAAUCAUGCUGCUGGUGUUGUCGCCGAAAGUGUUGGAGGAGAUCGUGAACGCAGACUCGGGUGCCCCUUGCUCUCCACGCCACUCAAAGAAAAAGCAGUUCAUAGACUCCGUGAAGCGGGCAGUGGGGCCCCAGGGGACGAGCAAGCAACUGACGGAGGCCGCGGCAGUCACGUGUGUGAAGCUCUGCAAGGCCUCCACGUACAUCAACAUACUGGAUUCAAACAACGUAGCCUUCACACUGGUGCAGUGUGUGAUCAACGACCUGAAGACACUGCUGUUCAACCCGUGCAAGCCUUUCUCGCGAGGACAGAACUACAACCUGCAGGACAUUGACUUGAUGAUCGACUGCUUUGUGUCAUGCUUCCGCAUCAAGCCACACAACAACGAAGCCUUGAAAGUAUGCCUGAACCCCAACUUUCCCUCUACGUACCACUUUGUGCUCAUCAGCUCUCUCUACAGGAUAAUAACGCAACCACGAUUGCCCUGGUGGCCACAGAUUGACCUUGUCUACAGCAAAUCAUCUGAGCUGCGAUCAAUGUUCACGGAUACACUCAACAAAGUCACCCAGGGGUACAUUUCGCACACUCCACUUCGCAUGAUCACGUCAUUGACCCUGAAGAGCAAGGAUUCAACCUCCAAGUUCAAAGAACGAGGGGAGGAAGGACCUGGUUACAAAAACCUUCUACUGUGGAUGGUUCGACUCAUACAUGCUGAUCCCAUGCUGAUGCUCAAUAACCAGGGCAAGGCCGGCCACGAGAUCCAGAGCUCGACGCUGGAGCUGAUCAACGGGCUGGUGAGCCUGGUGCACCAGCCGACCAUGACGGACGUGGCCCAGGAGGCCAUGGAGGCCCUGCUCGUGCUUCACCACCCGGAGAAGAUCGAGGUGUGGAACCCGGACGCGCCCAUCAACACCUUCUGGGAUGUCAGUUCGCAGGUGCUGUUCUCCAUCUCCCAGAAGCUGAUCCAGCACCACAUCGUGAACUACACGGAUAUUCUGAAGUGGCUGCGCGAGAUCCUCGUAUGCCGGAAUGCGUUCCUGCUGCGGCACAAGGACUACGCUAACUUGGGCAGCCAGAUAGCCAUCUGCAAGCAGGCACACAUCAAGCUUGAGGUGGUGUUCUUCAUGUACCUGUGGAGUAUCGACAUUGAAGCAGUGUUGGUAGCCAUGUCUUGCUUCAGCCUGCUGUGUGAAGAGGCAGACAUAAGGUGUGGGUCAGACGAGGUGACUGUUACUUACUUGCUGCCCAACUACCACCUUUACCAGGACUUGGCACAAGCUUCCACUAUUCUCACCACAGGUCGUGCAGUGCUCCAGAAACGUAUUAUGGCCCUCCUUCGCAAGAUUGAGCAUUGUGUUAAUGGCGUGCAACCCGCUUGGGAGGAGACAUUCCGGAACUGGGAGGCCUCCACCAAGAUCCUCGUGUCGUAUCCUAAGACCAAGCUAGAGGACGGUCAGAUUGAACCAUUCCACAGGUCUAUGGGGAAGAGACGGGCAUCACAUCAGAACUCUGAGCACGAGUUGGAGGAUCAGAUCAACGAGUGGGCCAACAUGACGGGCUUCUUGUGCGCGCUGGGGGGAGUGUGCCUGCAGCGCAAGUCCCCGUCCCGCCCGGCCACCAUGCUGGGGCCCUCCUCCGUGUCCACGCUGGACAUGCGCAAGUCCGCCAUGCUGUCCAACUCCAGCCAGGACGUGCAGUACUGCCCCGUCACUCAAUUUGUGGGCCAACUGCUGCGCCUCCUGGUGUGCAACAACGAGAAGUUCGGGGCCCAGAUCCAAAAGCACGUGAAGGAGUUGGUGGGCCACGAGAUGUCCCCUGCGCUGUACCCCAUUCUGUUCGACCAGAUCAAGGCCAUAGUGGACAAGUUCUUCGAUCAGCAGGGCCAAGUGAUAGUGUCAGACAUUAACACCCAGUUCAUAGAGCACACAAUCUUCAUAAUGAAGAACGUUCUGGACACUAAGACGGACCAUCCCUCUGAGCACCUAGGAGUGACAAGCAUCGAAGGCAUGAUGUUAGCCAUUGUUAGGUACGUGCGGCAUCUCGACAUGACGGUCCACGCCAUCCACAUAAAGACCAAGCUGUGCCAGCUGGUGGAGGCGAUGAUGAAGCGCCGUGACGACCUGGCCUUCCGCCAGGAGAUGAAGUUCCGCAACAAGCUGGUGGAGUACCUCACUGACUGGGUCAUGGGCACCUCCCACCAGAUUGCCCCGCCCAGCUCUGGUGAUGUCAGCAUCAUCACCAGGGACCUUGACCAGGCUUGCAUGGAGGCUGUGGCUGCUCUUCUGCGUGGACUGCCCCUCCAGCCCGAGGAGUCUGACAGAGGCGACCUCAUGGAGGCCAAGAGCCAGCUCUUCUUGAAGUACUUCACUCUGUUCAUGAACCUCCUGAAUGACUGCAGUGAUGCACAGGACUUAGAGAAGGAUGUGUCCCGGCAGAGGGUAGCUGCCGGGAAGCUCAACACACUGCGGAAUGCCACCAUUCAGGCCAUGUCCAACCUACUUUCCGCCAACAUCGACAGUGGCCUAAUGCACUCUAUCGACCUGGGCUAUAACCGAGACUUGCAAACGAGAGCUGCGUUCAUGGAGGUGCUCACCAAGAUCUUGCAGCAGGGCACGGAGUUCGACACGUUGGCGGAGACCGUGCUGGCGGACCGGUUCGAGCAGCUGGUGCAGCUGGUGACCAUGAUCAGCGACAAAGGCGAGCUGCCCAUAGCUAUGGCUCUCGCCAAUGUUGUCACCACUUCCCAGAUGGACGAACUGGCACGUGUGUUUGUAACACUAUUCGAUGCCAAACAUCUGCUGUCGCCUCUCUUGUGGAACAUGUUCUACCGAGAAGUGGAGGUGUCAGACUGUAUGCAGACACUCUUCCGUGGGAAUUCCCUGGGCAGCAAGAUAAUGGCUUUCUGCUUCAAGAUCUAUGGGGCCAGUUACUUGCAGAGCCUGCUGGAGCCUCUAAUAGGCCCUCUUCUGGAUGACAUUAGUCAGAGCUUCGAGGUAGAUCCUGCCAGGUUGGAUCCAACUGAAGAUAUCGAUACUAAUCAAAAUAACUUAAUUGCCUUGACGGAGAAAGUGUUUGAUGCCAUAAUCUCGUCUGCAGAAAAGUUCCCCCCACAGCUGCGCAGCAUGUGUCACUGCCUGUAUCAGGUGCUUAGCAAGAGGUUCCCACAGUUCCCUCAGAACAAUAUUGGGGCUGUGGGUACCGUUAUCUUCCUCCGCUUCAUCAACCCUGCCAUAGUGUCACCACAGGAGAUGGGCAUUGUGAGCAAGGUGGUGCCAUCAACAGUGAAGCGUGGUCUCAUGCUCAUGUCGAAGAUACUGCAGAAUAUCGCCAAUCAUGUUGAGUUCAGCAAGGAGCAGCACAUGCUGCCCUUUAAUGACUUCCUCCGGGCCCAUUUCGAGAUCGGCAGGAGGUUCUUCAUUCAGAUAGCAUCGGACUGUGAGACCGUAGAUCAGGCAUCUCACUCCAUGUCAUUCAUCAGUGAUGCCAAUGUGCUGGCUUUGCACCGGCUGUUGUGGAACCACCAGGAGCGCAUCGGAGACUAUCUGUCAAGCAGUCGGGACCACAAAGCAGUGGGGCGUAGGCCCUUCGAUAAGAUGGCUACUCUGUUAGCGUACCUGGGACCUCCAGAGCACAAGCCUGUCGAUUCUCAUCUUCUGUUUUCAUCCUACGCCAGGUGGAGUUCCAUCGACAUGUCAAGUACCAACUUCGAGGAGAUCAUGGUGAAGCAUAACAUGCAUGAGAAGGAGGAGUUCAAGUCCAUUAAGUCACUGAACAUCUUCUACCAAGCAGGCACCUCCAAGGCCGGCCACCCUGUUUUCUACUACAUUGCCCGCCGAUAUAAAAUUGGAGAAACAAAUGGUGACCUGCUGAUCUACCAUGUUAUCCUCACCUUGAAGCCUUUCUGCCAUUCAGCAUUUGAAUUAGUGAUGGACUUCACACAUACUUGUUCGGAUAACAGAUUCAGAACUGAGUUCCUCCAGAAGUGGUUCUACGUGUUACCAGAGGUUGCGUAUGAGAACAUCCAUGCAGCAUACAUCUACAACUGCAAUGGCUGGGUGCGGGAGUACACAAAGUUCCACGAUCGUAUUCUCGCACCACUACGGGGUAACCGCAAGCUGAUCUUCAUUGAGGCACCUGCUCGCCUGAAUGACUUCAUCGACCCUGACCAGCAGAAGUUGCCAGGAGCCACGUUGUCCUUGGAUGAGGACCUGAAAGUGUUCAACAAUGCCCUCAAGCUCUCUCACAAGGACACUAAAGUCGCAAUCAAGGUCGGCCCUACUGCAAUCCAGAUAACGUCAGCGGAGAAAACAAAGGUUCUAUCCCAUGCGGUGCUUCUGAAUGAUGUGUACUAUGCUUCUGAGAUAGAGGAGGUGUGCCUGGUAGAUGACAACCAGUUCACCUUGACCAUCGCCAAUGAGUCUGGGCCAUUAUCGUUCAUACACAAUGACUGUGACAGCAUUGUUCAGGCCAUCAUUCACAUCCGCAACCGAUGGGAGCUCUCGCAACCUGACUCAGUUACGGUUCACCAGAAGAUACGCCCCAAGGAUGUGCCUGGCACCCUGCUGAACAUGGCCCUUCUCAACUUGGGCUCGUCCGACCCCAACCUGCGCACCGCUGCCUACAAUCAGCUGUGCGCCCUCACUGCCACCUUCGACUUGAAGAUCGAGGGCCAACUGCUGGAGACGUCUGGACUCUGCAUUCCAUCAAACAACACUAUUUUCAUAAAGUCUGUGAGUGAAAAGCUGGCAACAAAUGAGCCACAUUUGACUCUGGAAUUCUUGGAGGAAUGUAUCCAGGGUUUCCGGGUAUCCAGCAUUGAAUUGAAACACUUGUGCCUUGAAUACAUGACCCCAUGGCUUGCUAAUUUAGUCAGGUUUUGCAAGCCAUCUGAUGAAAACAAAAGACAGCAAAAGGUUGCACAGAUACUUGAGAAACUGAUUAUCCUGACAAUUGAAGAGGUUGAGAUGUAUCCUUCUAUUCAGGCCAAGAUAUGGGGCUCGAUUGGGCAGGUCCCAGAGCUGAUAGACAUGGUCCUGGACAGCUUCAUACACCGCUCGGUGUCGGGAGGCGUCGGCUCGCCCAUGGUGGAGAUAAUGGCAGACACGGCGGUGGCGCUGGCGUCUGCCAACGUGCAGCUCGUGGCCAAGAAGGUCAUUGGUCGGCUCUGUAGGGUGGUGGACAAGACGUGUGUGUCGCCCAUGCCGCUGUUGGAGCAGCACAUGAUGUGGGACGACAUAGCGAUCCUGGCGCGCUACUUGCUCAUGCUGUCCUUCAACAACUGUCUGGAUGUGGCCCGCCACCUGCCCUACCUCUUCCACGUGGUCACCUUCCUGGUGUGCUCCGGCUCGCUCAGCAUGCGUGCCUCCACGCACGGCCUCGUCAUCAACGUCAUCCACUCCCUCUGCACCUGCACCCAGCCUCAGUUCUCAGAGGAAACGAAGAGGGUUCUGCGCCUGAGCCUUGAUGAGUUUUCACUGCCUAAGUUCUACUUGCUGUUUGGGAUCAGCAAGGUGAAGUCAGCGGCCGUGACUGCGUUCCGCUCCAGCUACAGGCAUGCCAGCGAACGAUGGUUUGGUAACGAGCAGCAGCGUAGCUUCUCCGGCAGCAGCCUGGCCGAUCGUGAGCAGCUGUCCCUCUCCUCCUUGGAGGUCAUCACUGACACGCUGCUGGAGAUAAUGGAGGCAUGUUUGCGAGACAUACCAGACUGUGAUUGGCUGCAAAACUGGACAGCACUGGCUAAGAGUUUUGCCUUCUGUUACAAUCCAGCUUUGCAACCCCGGGCACUCAUCGUGUUUGGUUGUAUCAGCAAGAGUGUGACGGACCAGGACAUGAAGCAGCUGCUACGGAUCCUAGUAAAGGCACUGGAGAGUUUCAACGACAUUGUGCUGCUGGAGGCGUUGGUGAUCUGCCUCACCAGGCUGCAGCCCUUGCUGAGACCGGAAUCUCCAAUACAUCGGGCACUCUUCUGGGUGGCCAUUUCAGUCCUGCAGUUGGAUGAGGUGUCGCUGUAUGCUUCAGGCCUGGCCCUUUUGGAACAGAAUCUGCACACGCUGGAGUCCCAGGGCACGUUCGAAGACAAGACUCUGGAGCAAGUGAUGAUGGCAACAAGAGAGCCAUUGGAAUGGCACUUCAAACAGCUCGACCAUGCUGUGGGACUCAGCUUCAAGUCCAACUUCCACUUUGCCCUGGUGGGUCACCUGCUGAAGGGAUUCCGGCACCCGACCCCCACGACGGUGUCUCGCACGGCUCGUGUCCUCACGAUGCUGCUGGGCAUCGUUGCUCGCCCCCACAAGAGGGACAAGUUUGAGGUGACACCGGAAAGUGUGGCCUACCUUGCAGCUUUGGUGUCUGUAUCGGAAGAAGUCCGCAGCCGGUGCCAUGUGAAGCAUUCGGUAGCGAGGAACAUGCCGGAAUCUUCAUCCACGGAGGCUCUCGCUGUUGAGUCACAUCUGUCCUUGCUGCCUCAGGUGCAUGUUGGCCCGACUGCCUCGUCGGCUGCUGUGCAGAACCAUAACGGAGGAGCGGGCAGUGGGUGUGUUGGCGGCAGUGUUGGAGCCUCUAGUGCCACCCUCCCUGCGAACCGCCGCCAGAAGUCAUGGGACCUGCUAGAUCAGACUGCGAUAGCACAGGCCCGCCAGCAUAAGCACUCCCAGACCCAGCAGGACCGCAGCGCACGGGUGUCUGUGUCCAACGAGAACAACGUCCUGCUGGACCCCGAGGUGCUGACGGACUUCUCGACCCAGGCGCUCGUCAUGACGGUGCUCGCCACGCUCGUCAAGUACAACACGGACGAGGGGGAGACGCGCAUCCUGUACCAGUACCUGGCGGAGGCGUCCGUGGUCUUCCCCCGAGUCUUCCCGGUCAUCCAUAGCCUGCUGGACGCGAAGAUCACGAGCGUGCUCUCCAUCUGCCACGACCAGGUGAUCCUGAGCGCGGUCCAGAGCAUCAUCCAGAACAUGAUAGCCUCGGAAGACGCGAGCCAGCAGCAGCUGCACUACCUGCAGAGCUGCGGCUUCGGGGGGUUGUGGAGGUUCGCGGGCCCCUUCACCAAGGCCAACUGCACGGCGGAGAGUGCAGAGCUGUUCGUGAACUGCCUGGAGGCCAUGGUGGAGACCUGCCUGCCCAUCGAGGAGGGGGAGGCGGAGAUCGCUCCCUACCCCUCCAUGCUCAGCGUGUCCAGCAACAUGAACCUCAGCUCCUCCAUGUCUAGUCUCACUCUCGGCUCGCCCACCGAGAAAGAACCCUCGCUGGACGUCGGCGGCUCGGAGGGCAGCGUGUCCUCGCUGGGACGCUCCACCUUCUCCAAGCAGCGCAGCUUCAAGUGCAGCAAGUCCACCAGCAGCGGGGGCAUCGAGGGUCCCAAAUGAGACGAGGCGCCGUGGCAGAGGCAGCGCGGGCGCCGGAACUCGCUGGCAGCGACCGUGCCAUCCAGGCUGUGCGACUGCCUUCACUACUGCUGUCUGGAGCCGCGCUGAGCGUGAGAGCGGGGCACGCCAUUCACACCGAUGUUUAACUUGCGAUAUUAUAAAUGUUGCUCUUUGCUCUCUUAGGUUACUCUCUAUUAAGUUGAUGCAUUUCAGUAACACGGCACAUUGCUUAUCGAGUGUUAUUGUCAAGCUGUCGUCUUAGAUUUACGUUUUGCGAAAUUACUUGUUUUUUGCAUGGUUGUGUGUACCGUAUUUGAUGUUUAAAACAGUCCAACACCAUUUCGUAACAUCGAAUAUAUUGCACUGUCUGAAGACUGAUUUUUUUUUUGUCGGUGGCCAAAGUCAGGGUCGGGAUUGCCAGUCGGCCAUUUAUAGUACGAGUUGUUCCAGUUUGUCGAACCAGAAUGGCAUGUCCAGUGAGAGGAGUUUUUAUUGUCUAGUUGCCAGAUGCAUGCUCUAGUUGAAUUUUAAAAUGUAUAUAGUUAUUGAUGAAUAUUAACAGAGUUUAAGAGAAAGACAGAGAAGUAUUAUCAAAUAUAUUGUCAUGUUAUCAGGCAUUGAAUGUAUGUGUGGCUGGUUAAGAAAGGCAUGGAAAGAUUUGUUUCGGUGAUUUGUUAAGUCAGUAUUAUCAAAUAAUUUUAUAUUGUGAAUAGAACCAAAGUUUUUCUUUUUUAUAUAGGACUUAUUUUCCACUGCUUCAUAAUGAAGGGCUCGAAAUAUUUGAAUCUCAGUUAUUGUAUUAAAAUAAUUCUGAACAUUUUACAUUAUAUGGUGAAUUUUAAUAGUGAUGGGAUGAUUGUAACAGUUUCUUGAAUAACUGGAGAAAAACUACUACUGUUACUGAUGUAAAAAAAAACUUUGCAUACACUAAAAUCCUUACAAUUAAAGCAUCAUUUUAGUAGUGACUGAAAUAAAAUCCUUUGAGUAGGAAGUAAUGUGUUUUACUUAGUGUAGGAUCGAUUCAUAAUCCAGUGGUUUUGGAAUUGAAGCCGAUUGAUUCUUUCCCAUAGUAAAACUUUGAUAUUUCUAGCAUUGUAAUAUUUUAAUACUGAGAAUUUUUACCCAGCUAAGCAAGGGUUUUUCUAAUUUUUAUUUGUCUGCAUUUUAUAAUCAGUUAAUUUUUUCAUUUAAUCUGGAAUUUCACCAAUUAAUCAGGGUAUUAGGCCAAUUUAAUAUCAGUAUUGUUUGAUUAAAUAGGGUUUUUUUUAAAACAGAAUUUUUGAUGAUGCCAUAAGUUCCUGAAACAAAUUAUAAGUAUAAUAUUUUAUCCAAGAUAAACAGUUAGCUCAAAUACGAUGUGAACAUUAGAAAUAACACUGAACCAAAAAUAUAAAUAGUAGGUUAUAUAAUGUGUUAGUUUCAGACUCCUGACUUCCUUGUUAGCUGGCCUAGGCAGGAAAUGUGUUCUGAUUUUUCCAGUUGAACCUUAAGUAUCUGUGGUUUAAAAUGAUACAAAAAAAUCCCACCUGUAGUCUUAUCAAUUAGUAAUAAUAGUUUUGUUUGGUGAGUAAGGAAUAUUUCUGUUAAUUGGAAAUAUUUUCAAUGAGGUAAACAUGGUUUAAAGGGCUGUCAAAUUGAAUCAGCAGAGCUCAUAUAGCAGACAUUUUGUAUUAUUGCCAUAUUGCAUAUUGAUAUUGCUGCUUCUGAUAGUUGAUACAACCAUAAAUUCUAGGUCCAUAUAACCUAAACUAGCAAAGGUUAUGCUGCGCCAUAAUAAUACACAAAUAGCUCACCUCACAUUUUUUUUUAAUAACCUUUUGAAAGGGCUCUUGGUAUUGCAUUUAUUUGCAUUAACUCAUCAAGUCUUAUAAAGUUUUAGUUUGUAAGUUUCAAGGUGGUGGUGUGAGGGUGUGUGGCCUAAAGGAAAGUUAGUCUCCACACUGCAAUCUUCACACGCACCUCACUGCUGUAGCAUGUAUGCAUCUUCUGGAUGUGUUUUAAAUAUAUUGUUUAUGAUUGAUUUGACUCUACUCUUUUGAGCUAUAUGGUAAUUGUAUACAUAUUAUUUAUGAACUGUUUGAAGUAUCAAAAUUAAAUCACCCAUCACUAUUUAUUGAUCAUUUUUUCCAACUGUAGGUUACAAAAGAAAAUUUAGUGAAAAUUUUUAUGUCUCUCCUGUAAGACUGUUACCAUAGUACAAUUAUAUGAAGCAGAAUAAAUGGCCUGAAAAAAAUUGUUUUUGUCUGUAGGAUGAUAAAUGAGAAGCUGUUCUAUUUUAUGUCACAAAGUGUUAUUUCCAAUGGACAUAAUAAAAUAAUUACUAUUGA